GUGACGGUCAACGAUAGGCUGGCUCUCCGAGGCCCUUUGUUGCUGCCCUUCCUGGCCGGAUUUACAGCCCUGAGCGAGCUGGACCUAUCUCUGGACAAGUCGACAAUCGGCGGGAACAACGGAUCCCUGCUCUUCAUCGACGACAAGAUCCUCCAUCAGUUCUUCUCCUGCCUCUCUUCCCAUUUCAGGAACCUCCAGUCCCUCAGGAUAAACUUCUGGCGCGUCACCCUGGAGGACAGCGAGAAGACCAUGCGGCAGAUCUCGAAGCACCUGAAGCUUUGCAACCUAAGCUUCCUCAAGGCGAACGGCCUGAUCGUGAUCGACAGCGCGAAGAAGGUGCAGAUGGAGCACGCGUUCGUGCAGACGAUCCUAACGAGCCUGCAAUACCUGACCUGGCUGUGCCUGGACGGGGUGGAAUUGUCCCCCACGCAGGGUUCGAGUAUAGGAAAAUGCGUGAGAGAUAGAUACCCCGGCACGACGUUGGAGAUAAGCGCCAAAGACAUCCACGUAAAGUCCGUUAAAGCGCUGGUGGCCGCCAUAGAAGAGGGCGGCAGAGCCGAGGUCGUCUACACCGGAGGGUCCAAUUGUAGGCUGAAGAUCACGAAGGUCCAGAAGAACGGACGCGGGAAGAAGAAAUGAGAUUAUGCCGAGGAAGCUUACGUGGACAUGCUCGGGGAAGCUCCCAUGUCGAAGUAAGUUUCCUUGAGCGAAGGGUACAAUUGUUCCGUCGAAGAGACGCGAGUGGAGAACGCCUUCGGAGGGACCUGAAGAGACGUCCAUUUUGGAUGCGGCAAAAUGGAACGCAGUUGUCUCUGGUUUACCUAAUCGAAGACAUCCCUGAUGCGAGUUUCGGAUGAAAGCUUUGGGAAUGGGUCAGGGAACAACCUAUCAUUGCUAUGGGUUGCUGGUAGGUCAGCUUCGAGGAUGUUUUUGUAACUUGGGAGUUUGCCCUGGAGGGUCCAACUGCAAGCUGAAGAUCACGAAAGUCCAGAAGAACGGACGCGGGAAGAAGAAAUGAGAUUAUGUCGAGGAAGCUUACGUGGACAUGCUCGAAAUAAGUUUCCUUCAGCGAAAGGUACAAUUGUUCCGUUGAAGAGAUUGCGAGUGGAGAACGCCUUCGGAGGGACCCGAAGAGACGGCCAUUUUGGAUGCGGCAAAAUGGAACGCAGUUAUCUCCAAUUGACUUAAUCGAAGACGUCCCUGAUGCAAGAUUCAAGAAUGGGUCAGGGAACAACCUAACAAUGCCAUGGAUUGCUGAUAGGUCAGCAUCGAGGAUGUUUUUGUAAAUUACAUCCAAUUUGAUGACGGUUGUAGGAAAAGGAAGUGCAGCCGCCCGAAAGAUCCUGAGACAGGUUGAAGGGCGAAGGCGGCAAUUAUUUUGGAAAAGUCAAACUGAAGAAAGGAGCUGAUACUUCUCACGAAGGUCUACGUACACAGUCUUGUCGAUGUCGAGGUGAAUUUCUUUCAACAAUGAAGAAACAAGAGGAUGAUAAGAGGGACGCCCACUCUUGGUGCAUCCAAAUGGAAUGCAGUUUUUUCUCAUUGAUUAGGAUAAUCACGUCCCUGAUGGAAACUUCAAGAAUGGAUCAACUCCGUAAUCGCACGUUAAAGUUUUAGAUAAUUUGGCGCAUCGAGUUUGAAGAAAGAUUUUACAAAUAUUUUCACUUUUUGGUAUGUAUAUAUCACUUUCAUGCCGCCUUAAACCUGAGUUUACGGCGCUUCGCGUCGCUUCCUUUGUCUCUUUUAAUGAUCUCUUCAAAGCGAACGAUGUCAUUUUCGUUACCCGUUAAGACAGGAAGGUGUAAACGUACGCAUUCGGCCAGACAAUCCCGACAGGCUGAUGGGUUUACGAUCGAACGCCAUUUUCUUCGAGACAAUCCUAAAGGGCUUACGACGCCUAGCACUUUACUUGAACGACGAACAGUAAUGACUUUCCGAGGUUUAGAAAACGGGAUUUCUUCAAACGAGGAAAGUAAUCCCGAAAUUAAUCGGCGGAAAGAUGUAAAACAAGAGACGCCUCCUUCGAGUUCCCCAGCGACAGAAGAUUAAGGUGAAGUGAAACCCCCGAUCAGAUCAGCCAAUUCGAAUAAGACACUUUUUUUUAAAGCUAUCCGACCAAAUUGUCUAAAACCUUGGCACAUGACUCGCGAGCACCGAAGAAUUAUCCCGAAACUUUCAAAAUUUCAAUUUUCUACCAAAAAUUUAUCUGACAACCCAGACCGGAAACAAAAUGGCGUCGAGCUCUCAUAUAUCGAUCACUAUGUGCCGGGACAAUUGUACAACAAUUUAGGACACUAGUAAUCGAGAAGCUCGCACUUGAACGGAAUAAAUGCAAAGAAAAGUGUCCUUUGCGUUUCUAUCCUGAAACGAAGGUAAGAUUUAGUUGGGAUCUGAGAUUACAGAUGGCACUCUGCAGUCAAUUAGGGCAUCGAAAACCACGAAUAAGGAGAUUUCUGGAGUUUAACUUCGAUUUCUUUGAAAUCAUUGUACGGAAACGAAAUAUAUAGUACGUCAUUCAAUAUAAUACUCAAUAUAAUUCGACACAGCUGUCGAUAUAAACACAAAUGCCGGUAACUUAGGUACCUAGAAAAAUCUCUUUUACCUACGUCGAUGAAAUUUCUCAACGGGUUUCCCUUCACCUUAAUGGGAUUUUCCGAAAAGCCCGACAUUGUCCAACGUCCCGAGGAAAGUAAACGAAACAAUUGUUAACGAAAAUCCUAUGUCGCCCCGAAAACGCGCAAUUUUAUCAGCAAGACAUUUAAAACACUGAUAAACGAGACCGAUGACUGGAUGCGAUUGCAAUCUGCCAAUUCCGUAGACUAGAUCUCGAGGAAAAUAAUAGAUAGCCAUAGACAAGGCCGAAGGGACGGGAAUAUUAAAUUUAAAUUCUCAUUUAAUAACACAAUUACAACGGCAAUUAAUUGGAAUUGUCCAAUCCCUAAUUUUGUUUCGAGAAAAUUAGACCAACAUUAAGUUGAGCGACAUUGAAGAGGCUGUUGCAACUAAAAGUACGUACAUUGUUGUUAGAUGGAUUGUAAGAUACGAUUACAGAGUAAUAUAUAUAUAUAUAUAUGAAUACAUGCGAGAUAUAUAAAUAAAUGAAAGAGGUAUAUAUAUAUAUGAGAGUAAAGGAGAUAGUACCGAGGAGGGGAGGAGUUUAUCGGUGGUGUUGUUGGAGUUUGGAAAUUUUAAGGCACAUUUUAAAGGCACAGGAAAACGGCUAACUAUAAUUCUAUGAUAUAUCAUUAACGAAGGGUCAUUUGUAUAAAGUAAUGCGGGACUAAUUGUAUAUUGAAAUAACGACUGCCAAGCGACGUUCGGCAAACGAAACUGCCGUAAAUCUCGUCCAUCGAUGCCGCGAGUUUUUUCUUAUUUUUUUCUCCUUUUUUGCUAUCAAGUUUCUAAACAUUCGUAUAGUUAUUCAAAGAGCAUCGGAUAAAGUGGACGUGCUCGUUCGUCCAAAAGGAAGUAGGUGAUCCUAUGGGAGUUCUACGCACACUAUAGAGUAUCUUCUAAAACAAGGUCGACGUAAACGGAGACCGCAGGACGAAAAGCGUCCACAGAAGUGGGCGUUUCACCUUUUCGUUUCCCCGUUAGAACGACUUUUAGUUCUGCGAUUAAUUUCGAUCCACCGAAGGACGUGAAAAUCCUAAUUAAGUGACUUUAAAUCUCGCCCUCCACCCCGAAAUGCUUCCAACAUGAUACAGAGGGCAGCACCGUCGCCGGAAGUGCAAAGCACACCGAUCACUACAUUAAGGUGGCAUGAAAGUGGCACAUCAAAGAGGUCUCGUUUAUGAGACUUUUCUCCGAACUAAGUUCCCCAAAUCGUUUCAAACUUAAUAACGUGAAUAUGGAGGCCACAAGAAAGGUCCUGACACCCGUAAGACACGAAUUUCUAAAAGAUUUCUUUAUAAAUAUUUUCAAAAUUGUAAAAAUAAUGAAAUCUCACGAGUGUUAGGACCCUCCUUAAGGCCUCCACGUAUACAUUGUGAGGUUAGGAACGACUCGGUACCCUCGUUUCCGAGUUUCACGAACGAAUGACUUCUGAGAUACCACUUUCGCAUCCCCUUAAUUAAUCCUAAGGCACUAUAAACAUUGUACUUUUUAUUUCGAUCGCCUUUCCUCGAGGGGUUAUUUCGGCUCUGUACGCUAUACAGCUCUUCGUAAGAUUUAAGGCCACUGCUACGAUAUUAAUCAAAUUGCGCAAUCUCGAACACGAGUGUCUUCACCGCGGAUUCGAUGCCAGUAGCGUACAACGGGAAGGCAUUAAUGCCCGCCACUGUACCUACCCACUGCCCAGUGUACAUCGGUGGACAUAAGUGUUCCACGGAUAAGGUAAAGAUGUGACGUACGAUCGAAAGGGGUCGAUGUCCGCCAUCUAACAGGGAUUAUUUCCCAAAAUGGGAAAACCGUUUGCGAAGAAGAUAUCCCUCAUCGAGAAUCGUUAAUUCCUCUGAAAAUGCUUAUUAAACCCGAGGACCGUAGUGGUACGUUCGAUAGCGUGAUAUCUACCCUGUGUUUCAUUUUAUACCCCCUUAAGGCACAAGAAAUCCGGAUCUUAUUUCGACCGAUCUAACCUAUCAUCCGUUUUUUAUAAGCGACGAUAUAACGAGUUUCGCCUUUGCGAGCACUCUAGGCUUAAGGAGUCUUCGACUAUAAAACUGUUUGAUGAAUUUUUUCAUUUUUGAUAGGCUGUACAUAUUUAAUGCGCAUCCGAUCGGGCCGAACUUCGGAGAUGUCGCUGCAGGUCAUAGUAGCUACACCUGCGACGAGCUUAACCUCGAUGUACGACGAAUUAAUUACUCGUCGAAGCCUAUACGCCGACGCCACGUGAGAUUCCCAGAUCGUUCGCCAUAUUUAGUACACACACACACACACACACACACAUGCGAUCGCGACACUAAUCCGAAGCGCGGAGUCGAGCUGGGCGAUUUUAUUAUAAAAUAUUUAUGUAUUUAUAUGUGUACACAUAUCCUCCAA